AUGGGGAUUGCACGAGUUUGCAGGAAAUGCAUCCAUAGGAAGCUCUUAGACGAGGAAUUGGAAUGCUGUCCAGUGUGCAAUAUUGAUUUGGGCUGUGUACCACUGGAGAAGUUGAGGCCAGACCACAAAUUGCAAGACGUAAGAGCCAAGAUUUUCCCUUGCAAAAGAAGAAAGGUUGAUCCACCUGAAGUUGUGACUUCAGUUACGUUACCAGUCAGAAGAAAGGAAAGAUCACUCUCGUCAUUGGUUAUCAGCACCCCUAGAGUAUCAACCCAUACUGCCAUGACCAGAAGAAGAUCAAAAUCUAUUGCAAGGAAGGCAUUACAAGGUACCAGUUUUUCCACCCAGAAACUUGUUAAGAAAGAGGCAGAUUCAGUGGAAGAUUGUCCAGAGAGCUCUAGCUCACUUGAGACUCUUACCAAAUUCGCUCAGAGUACAAGGAAGAAUUCUGCUACUGUUGAGCCGUCUAGCUAUGCUGUAUCUGAUAAACAAGUAAAGAGUUGUGCUGAAGCCUGGGACGGGAAAGUUGACCUAUGGAAACCUUUCACUGAUUUGGUUGAAGUUGCAAAUAGGAGUAAGUCUCCAAAGUGCAUUUCACAAGUAUCUGCUGCUAAAUUAGAACCUCGACAUUCCAUUGACAGUGAAGGGCGUGUCCGUAGAACUAAAGUUAAGGGACGUGAACAAAACUCUAAACUUCAAGAUGGUAAGACUAGCAAUGAUCCGAACCAUUCAGAAUCAGAGAAGCCUAAAAAGUUGCGAAGGAUUCGCCGGAAAAAGGCAGCUUAUUUUGGGGAAUCAAGUGUUUCGCCCCAAGCUGUGCUGGAUGGUGCCAAUGCUGAACGUGAAAGAAGAAUGCAUCCAAUUUGGCUCUCAUUAAAGGCUUCCGAAGACCAGGAUGGAAAUGCACCCUUGCCCCAGAUACCUGCAAGUUACUUGAGAAUAAAGGAUGGGAGUAUGCCUGUUUCUUUCAUCCAAAAGUACCUGAUGAGGAAACUAGAUCUCACAAAUCCAGAUGAGAUUGAAAUUAGAUGUAUGGGUCAGUCAGUGGUCCCAACACUGGAACUGAAUGAUCUAGUUGAUUUGUGGCUACAAACUGCAUCGACUUCACAGAGGGUACCAGCAGCAAUUGGCUCAUCAGCGAAGGAUUUCGUGAUGGUAUUGACCUAUGCUCGCAAGGUUCCAGCCCCUUGAACAUACUUCAUUCUUUUUUGCUGACGUACCUUCAUUAGUCGAUACAUUCUUCAGAUCUCAAAAGGUAUCGG